CGUAUAGUGUGUGGGGUGGCGCGACGAUCGAUCGAUCGAUGGAGGGGUUAGCCUCUGCAGUUCCAAAGCCGUCUCCAGAGCCAUUCUACACCAUCCGACCUCACGCUGGAGAUGUCACCAGUGUCGAAUACCUCGACAUCGGUACAACCGGAGGCCUUGCCAGCGGGUCAGUUCACUAUUCCAGAAUACGGUCUCGCUCUCUGCUAUUUCCUCUGCCUUGGCUUGUUCAUCAGGACGGGUAGCGGACAGUUGAGCGUGUGGAGGCUGUCGGACAAGCGGCAGAUGUGGACCCAGAGCUGUCCUGCCGGGAUCACCUCUGUCACACGACUCGGGAACACCUCCGACUCCCUCUCUGUGUGAGAACUGGCCCCCACUUCUUUGGGCUCUCAGGCCGCUUCCAGCUCCCGUGUCGUCGGCAGGCAACUGAAGGGAGGCGUGGUGACGCUCUGGAGCAUACAGACAGGGAAACCAGGCUCUUCCGUGACCGUAGAAAACCCAAGUUUCUGUCGCAUCUCCCACUUUUCCUCCCUAGUCACAACAGGUCAGGACAGUGGUGGAGUUUUCAGUUCUGAGUGCUUUGCUGUUGCAGACAGGAACUAUGGCAGAGUGAACAUGUAUGACGGCAAGACACGUAAAUUGGUGCAGACACUGAGUGCAGAGAACGUGAAGUCAAGAGGGAUGUGUAUGUGUGUCAGGGCGUGGUGUGAUGGCUCCACGGGGAUCCCCCUCGUAUUAGCUGGCUUUGACGAUGGGAGCCUCCUCCUUUGGGACGUUAGACGACCUUCCGCUGAAAUGACCUCUCUCAAACUUUUCCCGGAGCCAGUUAUGUGCCUAGCACUGGAUGGAGAGGGACGAAGUGGAGUUUGUGGAUCUCCUGGAAACUCACUGGAGGUCUUUUCUCUCUCUCCUGAAAAGAGUGUGAUUGGGAAGAGGUUUGGUGUGGAGUUGAAGAACCCUGGGGUGGCAGACGUGGCUGUUAGAGGUGACUGCAAGAUAAUGGCAUCUGGAGGAUGGGACGGGAGGAUUCGGGUGUUUGGGUGGAAGAAGGGUAAACCCCUGGCAAUAUUAAACUACCAUUCGAGCGUUGUACACUGCGUCAGUUUUGCCGGGAGACGGGCAGUGUCUGAAGAUUCGAAUCUCAUGAUAUGCGGUUCCAAAGACAGUCGAAUUAGCCUCUGGAAACUCUAUUAGGACUAGAAUUUAAUCAAUAUUUUUACCCCUGUCGUUAUUACCCUCAAUGAGUCAUUACACAAUGAUCAUGAUUGGAUGCGAGA